GUUCUGUAUCCUGUUGUAAGGUUUAAGGGAGGUUUUUCUUUUUUCUAUGAUAUAAGGGAUGGGCCGUAUGUGUCCUCAUAGUCUGGGGCGUGUGUAGUAUCGGUGAGUGUUCCUUCUACCGGCAGCUGAAAACUCGCAGCCUCCCCUUUGGUUUAACACUUGUCGUUUUUGGAUAAAAUUUUGUUUUUUAACAUACUGUUACGAUUUUUAUUCUUAGAUUGAAGGAAUUUUCGACUAAAAGACUGAUCGUGUAAGUUAUCUUUAAUUUACGUGUCAAACAAACACCUCGACGGUCGUGCCUUUGAAUAUUUUAACUUAGUACAUUAAAAAAGUAAAUAAAUUUAUUGAUUCUUAAUUCAUUGAUCUGACUAGUAUGCGAAAAACUUUUCUGGAAAAUUUGACUGUUGAGAAUCAUGUAGUUGAACUAUUGAAUAAUAUCAACUAAGAUAUAAUAAAGAAAAAAGUCUGAACAGUAUUUAUCAAUCAACAGAAAUUUACCAAAUUUUGAUUAGAAGAGUUACUCAAAUUAUUUUGAAUGCAAGUCGCAACAGUAAUGCAUCCUAUGCAACAUGCAGGAGGAGUUGCAACAUAUUAUGCUACUCCUAGACCACCAGCGCAUCCACACUAUUCUAGCGUGAACUUUCACGAUUACGGCGCUUCAUACUCUAAGGUUCAGCGUACACAGUUGAAUAGCGGAUACAACAAUACCGGUGGUAGCCAGUGCUUGAAUAACACGAGCUUUGGUGGCAAAUCGGUUGCGUUACCAGGCCAUCACGGUGGCCCACCCGGUAUGACUGGUAAUUAUGCUAGUGGCGCCCCUACACAAUAUCACCACAGAGCAACAACUGGCUGGAAUUCGGCACCCUUACCUGCACAACAAUACCGAUACGGAACCGGUCCCGUUCCCCAGACAACCAUGUCGCCUUACACUUCUUAUAAUCCAAAUCCAACUACAUACAACAGCAAUAACAGAAUUCCUACAGCGUCUUCGCCAGCAAAUACGAACAGUAGUUCCAGCUCUAACACCAAUGGAGGCACUUCUUUGCAAUCAUCUAAUCAACCGACCACCAGUUCACCGUCUUCAGAAUGUCAAUCAGCAACUCCAGCUCAACAGUUGUCAAAAACAAAUUUGUAUAUUCGCGGAUUGAGUCAGAAUACCACUGAUAAAGAUUUAGUUGCUAUGUGUUCGCAAUACGGAAACAUUAUUUCAACCAAAGCGAUAUUAGACAAGAACACCAACAAGUGUUACGGAUUUGUUGACUUCGAAUCAGGCACGUGCGCUGAUGCUGCUGUCAAAGGUCUUCAGGCAAAAGGUGUACAAGCCCAAAUGGCUAAAGUGGGUAUUCCAGUUCAGCGUAGAGCGGCCACUCAAGAACAAGAUCCAACAAACUUGUAUAUUGCUAACCUGCCUCCAAAUUUCAAAGAAAAUGAUUUAGAUACUUUACUAUCUAAAUUUGGGCAAGUGGUAUCUACUCGAAUACUACGUGACACUAAUAUGACCAGUAAAGGUGUAGGCUUUGCCAGAAUGGAUUCUAAAGAAAAAUGUGAACAAAUUAUCCAGAUGUUCAAUGGUAAUCCUUUACCUGGUUCUAAAGAACCUUUGCUUGUUAAGUUUGCAGAUAGCGGUCAAAAGAAGAGAAAUACAAACUAUAGAUCAGAUUCUCGUUUAUGGAGAGAAAAUGAGAAUGGCGGAUGUGUGCGAUUUCCGGUACAGCACUAUAUGUUGCAGGGUUCUCAUGUGGGGUAUGAUGCUGCUCACAAUGGCUUAACUACUGCUGCAACUACCCAUGUGUUACCAGCCAGUUUAGCACAGUAUGUUGGGCGUCACUAUGCAACUCAAGCGCUUCCUGCUCAUGGUUAUUCAAUUCCAGCUUCCACGUGGUUACCACAAUAUGUAAUGCAACCAGCCCCACCACAUCACCUGGCUCAAUUAGAUACUCCUGUAUGUUGCCAGAUGAUUCAACAGCCAGAUCCUAGUGCAGUACAAUAUGGUUCUGUGAUACCCCAACUGGCUACUCAUAUGUCAGCUUUACAGAUUGGUAAUGGAUCUUAUGUAGCUGGCCCUCAUCCGGGUUACCCAUAUUUUGCUAGUACUGCACCAAAUAUAAUUCAUACUGUUCCAAUACCAGCUGAAGAACAUCCAUCUACAACUGCAUCACCAGAUGACUCUUAUCAACAUUAUUCACACAAAUAAAAAUGAAAAGUAACUACGUUGAACAGUUCUGACCGCUGAAUACUGAAAUUCCCUAUAUAAUUGUGUCCCAAAACUAAUGUUUUGUUUUGUUUUAUUUUUAGUUAAAAUUUUUUGGUCGUUAAAAAUUUAGAUAAAUUUGUAUUGUUCUAAAAAAUAUAUAUAAAAAUUAUUCAUAGAACUAAUUGUUUAAAAAAAUGUAAAAAAUUAAUUUUAUUCUGUAAGGAAAUGCUAGUUGUUUUCUGAACAGAAUAUUUGAUUUUCAAUAUUUAUUAAAUCAGAUUUAGUUCAUUACAAAUUUAUCUAAAUAUUUUUUGUGAUCUGUAAUUUUUCGUCUCGAAAGUUUUAUAUGUUGUGUCAUCUCCUCAUAAUUUAUGAAUGUAGUUAUAAUUUUUUAUUUGAAUGCUGUGCUAUUUAUUUUUCUUCUAUGACAACCAGUUGAUUCUUGGACUUCAUAACAAUUUUAAAUUUGUGCAGGCAUACCAUUUCAAUUAACUAAUUUAAUCUUAAAUAAUUUUUACAGUAAAAAUCUUGUUUUACUCAGACUAAAUAAUUUAUGUAUAAACAAAGUUUACAUUUAAAUUAUCAUUUCUUUUUAAACCAAGAUUUUAGUGUAAUAAUUAUUAAAUGAUAGGUAAAUGAAAUGGAAUAAAUUUUUAUUAGAUGCAAAAAUUGUUUGCUGAAUAAUAAAUAGCAUAAUUUUCGAUUAAUCAUGUUCAGUAGCUAAUGUGUUACAUUUGACAUUCGGCUUAAUGUCGGCUAAGUUUGCAGCAAUAAAGAAAAAAAAUUUAAGUCAUCUUAAUAUGAUAGAAAUUAUUGUAAGAUUAAUUGUUUUCAUAUUUUUAAAGUUUUAUUUAAAACAAUUAAAUUUAAUUAUUAUUUAAUUUUAAUUUCCCUUUUUUUUAUUAUUAUUUCGAAAUUAUUUAUAUUGUUUAAGUGAUUUAAUUAUAAAUUUUAAUGUUUUUCUUUUUCUAUAAAAAAUUAAGAAUUAUUUUAUGAGGAUUGAUGUUUUUUGUUUUCUCAUUCAAAGAACAACCUAGAAGUGUAUAAUAGUUACACAUAAUUGUUUAUGAAAAAAAAAAUGUGCCUCUAGGUGUAAAUCACCAAUUUAAAAAAAAUAUUAAUGUGGACUGUAACGAUAAUUCGAUUACAAUAAUAAAUAUUUUUAAUGGUAUAUAAGUUAAAAAUAAUUUUUAAUUCUUUAAAAAGUAAUAUUAGAAUUAAUAUAUUAAGUUACUAUUAAUUUUAAGAUAAGAUUUUAAAUUAAGAUGUACUUGUUAUAUAUACAUUGUAUAACAAAUUAUCAUAAUUGCUUUCCCAUCCGAACCCAUAGUGUAACCCGUUUAUAUCUGUACGACUGAAUUAUUAAUAUGAUUUUACUUUUUUUAGUAAAUUAUUUUCUUUUUCUGUGAUAACUGUUUUGGAAAAUUUUAAAUGAGUUUAAAUAAACUCAAAUAGUCACUUCUAAACAACUUUAAACAAAUCUAUUAAUUUAUAACUUUCUUUUUUUUUCUAAAUUAUUUUUUAUUUUAUGUGGUCAUAUUUUAAUAUUUUUGUCAAGUUUACAUGGCCUCAUUUAAAUUGUUUUAUUAAUUAUUAUUGAUUUCACAUUUUAUUUAUUUGUUUAAAUAUAUUUUUUAAGACUUAAAAAAUAAUUCAUCAUAUAAUUAGAGAUUUUUUAAUGGAUAUCUGAUUAUAAUAAACUAUAAUAUGUGUUAAUUUUUCUCUUUUAUUUAAAAUAAAUUAUAUUUUUUUGUUAUAAUAUUAAAACAACGCUAUUAUUAUUAUUAUUUUUUUUAUCUAAUUUUUAUUUAUUUAACAUUAUUUUUAUUAAUUUUAGGCUAUGUCAGUGUAGUAAGCAAUUUUUUUUCAAUUGAUCUUAGGUUUACAGAUUGACUCCCAUAGAGAUAUUGUUUUGGUUACCAUUUUAUAGGUUAAAACUGUAUAUAUUUAUAUGAAAUGUGUGGUUUAUAAGUUUCAAAUGAAUGAGAAAAUGUUAUACAUUCCAUUAUAUCUAUCUUACAUUUUCAUUUUCCUAUCAACUCUUAUAAUCUAAUCAAUAGUUUUGUUGUUUUUAUUAAAAUUAUCUAAUCUUCAAUGGAUUUUGUAUGAUCAAUAAAGUUUUCAUUUAGUUUUCCUAGCUUUAAUCUUAAUUAAACAAUAUUUUAUUAUGAGAUUAUUAAUUAAAGUAAUGUAAAUGUGUAUAUAAUUUUGAUUUGUAUCAAUUGUGAAAUGUUUUGAACAUCUGCUCCGAUAUUCCCAAAGAUAGUGAACUUAUAACAUACUUUUUUAUGUGUGUUAUAAGUGUGUUAAGUGGAACUAAAUAGUAAUUAAUUUUAUUCAAGAAAUUAAUAAGAAUUUUUAAAAAUAUUGUUUUUGUAUUAAUUUAAAAAUUAGUUUUGUAAAUAUUUUCCCCUUAGAAUUGUAUGUUAAAAACUAAAAAAUUGAUGUUGCCAUGUAGUUAUGAAAUCAAUCUAAACUUUGUUUAAUUUUUAGAUAAUUUUAUUAAUUUCUAAAAAAAUUUAAUUAAAAAAAAGUAUUUAACUUGGAUUUAUAAUAAAAUUUAAUUAGGUUUUUUCUGGGUUAACUUGAACAAAAUAAAUUGUAUAUACAUACGACUGUUCAAAUUUUACAGGGGUAUUUUUAUAUUCUGUCCCAUAAGUAACACUAAAGAGUAAGACUUGGUUAUGCCAAAGCGCCUUUGUCUGGAUUAAAUAAUAUGUAUGUUCUAAUGUGAUAUUUAGCUCAUUGGUGUCUUCCCCGGACACUAUGUGCGCUCGGUUAUUUAUUUUUUAAAAAAACUGAGAAAAUAAUAAGAAAAUUAUAUUUUAUUGUAAUUAAAUAAGAAAAAUUGAAACUAAGAAUAUCAUACAAAAAUUCUACUAUACAGUCAUCAUAUUUUCAUCAUUUUGAUAGACUUGUUCUGUUUUAAUAAUUGCAGAUACUUUAAAUUUUUUAUUUAUAUAUACCAUAGCCACUGGCACGGUAAACGGGAAUCCAUGCUAAUAUUUUUGUCAUUGAAUUAUGCAUUGUCGUUAAAAUUGUAUGUGUAUGCUGAAUAAUUGAAUCCUAGUCGGAUCCUAAAUUAAUAAUAAUAAAUCAUUGGUAGGAUCAUUAAUAUUAUAUUUAGGAAGGAAUAAGUGUUAUUGUAAUGUAAUAUUAAUAUAUUUAAUAGUUAAUAGUUUAAUUAUUAUUAAUUCUGUGGUUAAGAUUAGUUUGGUUAUGUUUAAUUAAAUAAGGCAAUUUUUUUUAAGUUAUAUCUAUCAGAGAAAGUCAAAUUUAAAAAUAUAAUCUAAACUUUGAUUUUAUUUAAUGUUUAAAUUUUUCUCAAGAAAAUUAAAUUAAAUUUUAAGGUUUAAAUAUAAGAUUAACUAUGUAAAUUAUUAAUAUUGUCUGCUUAAUUAUAAUUAUUAAUAAAUAUUUACGAAAAGUAAUAUCUAAUGGUAAUAACGAAGUGAAUAAAUUGAGAUAAAAAUAAUACGUAUAGUAAAAAAUAACGAUGUAUUAAGUAUCUAUCGUUUAAAUGUUACAAUUGAGACUGCUGGCUCCUCCUCUGGUUCCCAUAAAAUAAGCGGGUAACAAUGUUUAGGUAAUCAAAGAAUAAAGAGUGAUCUUUACAUCAAAUUAACUAAACUUUUAUGUAUCACCCGGUGUCUUGUAUUAUUAAUUGUGACUGAUCAUUGUUAUGUAGAAGGCUUUAGAUUUUAAGUCUUGCCGUAAUAUUAUUGUAUUUAUAGUUUAAUCACUUUGACUUUUUUUUUUUUUAUUAUUUAUUUAUUUUCUAUCCCGGCUUUUAAUUGGUUAAUAAAAAAUUAUAAGUUUUAAGGUAAAUGAAAACAAAAAUUUUUGUAUAUUGUUUUAAAAUUCAUGUCUCAUACUAUAAGGUUUCUUGUUUAUUUUGUUUUGUUUUAUUGGGUUUGAUCAAUUUGGCGUUGUUGCAUUUUAAAUAUAAGUUAUAGUAAUUAUUAAGUUUUUCUUAGAUUGUAAAAUUAAUAUUUGCGUGAUUGUGAAAAAAAAACAAAUAUAAAAUGAUUUAAAUUUGAAA